CCUUUAGUAAAUUGCCCAAUCUAGGGAGGAUCUCAUGACUCGAAUAUUUAUAUCAUCUUUGUGGUGGUACCUCCAUCUCAUUUCGCCUCAAUCACAACCACUUUACAUUGCAGAGAUCGCAGGCCCUUUGAUUACAGCGAAUCAUACAACAUUGAUCUUGUUCAGUUUAACGUCAUUAGUCACUUCACUGUCAUAUACUCAGUUGCCUUCCGUUCCGCCAGUUCGCUUUUACAAAAGCCUCAAACCCUUACAUUCACAUUUUUCUAUGAUAUCGUGUUCGCCACUUAUCACUUUGACUCCAUUGACUUUUCAUCACCUGAGAUGAGUCAACCUCUAUACCUUCCAAAGGAACUACUGGAGCUUGUUUUUGAGGAAUUGGAUAUUUCAGACCUAGUCAGCUGCUCCUACACAAGUUGGUUUUGGAACGACACUGCCAACGUACUCUUGUAUCGUGAGAUAGACGGUCUCCCUCUAUAUAGAGUGAAAAAACUCCUCAGAACACUUGCUCCACCUCGGUUUGAAAAUGACAACGACACAUCAGAGGUAACGACAAGACAAAGGAAGCUUGGAGGCCUCGUAAAAGUGAUCAAAAUGUUUGAGAUAGGAGGAGACGAUGCAAAUGUAUUAUCACAUCCGACAUUCGCAUAUAUAUUGGAAACAGCAAAGUUAGGUUUGCUCACUCCAAACGUACAUACAGCAGAAAUGUACGAAGCGAAACCAUUUAAACGUGACCAACUACCUUCACCACCCUUUCGAUGGGGCCUAUCCGAAUCUAAAUGGCAACAUCUAAAACGGUUGACUAUCAUUUCCUCCGACAUACGUGUUUCUGGGUGCAUUAGGAAGGACUUUUUCGAUAUGCUUCUUCAAUUAGAUCAUCUCGAUAUGCUGGAUGCUAAGAAAUUCUUAAGCUGCGGCUCUCCAUCAGUGCCCAUUACCCCAAAUUUGACAUCGCUCAAGGUCUCAGUUCGCGAUAAGAUCCAAUAUGAUCACGUCAUGAUCAUGCUCCAAAGUUGUCGACGUACAUUACAUGCCGUGGCGAUACAAUGGCUUCCAUACGGCUCUAUCUCACAAUCAUUCAACCUUGAAAAUCUUAUAAAAACACAACUCAAUUUGAAAGCACUUGCUUUGACAUAUGAUAAGAAUUCACGUCUUACCAUCAGCAGUUUUGGGGACCAAAUAGAGGUACUUGAAGUAAUAGGAAAUCGGCGAGGCAAUGAGCAGGUCGAAGAAGAAAUUGGAAAGGCAAUGAUGAAGGCAUCAAAACUCAAGACUCUCAGUCUUGGGACAUGCUCAUACUACACGGAGUAUAUUCCCACAAUCAUUGACCGGAACAAAGCGACUUUACACAGCUUAUAUUUAACUAGUGACGUUGGCGACGAGCUGAUUGACUUAUUGCUUGCGGCCAACGUACGGGCUGAUCAAGUAGCCACGCUUUGCUUCGAAUGUCGCUACCUGGACAACUCAAUGGUACAGAGCCUUGCUGAGAUAUUUCCUAGCGUAAAUUAUCUCGGACUAGCGAGAGGAAAGGCUAAAUCGGAUCGGAAAUGGAUAGCCCCUCAGUCACUCUCUUAUUUUCGAAAGUUAGUAGGUGUAGAUGUAUGGACUUUUCGUGAACUUCUUGAUCCAGAUAGUUAUCAUGGAUCAAAAUACAAAAUUCGGAGGCCAUUGAUGCUUAAGUCGUCACGUUUUGGCGACUAUAGUAUGUAAAAUACGCUAUAUGAUACCACGCACAUCAUGAAGAAUACAAAAUAUUUAAUUUUUAUGAAAAGCUGCUAUUCAAAUCUUUAUUGUCCUUCCUUUGUGGUACUAGCAGCGUCAUAGGUCGCAUACAUCGUCUUGUUUUACCAAUAUUUGCUUGCUUUCGAGAAGGUUAGAAAAAUGGCAAGUUAAAAAA